UUUCCCGCACACCUUGCUAUAGCAGUGGCUCUGUGUUCGCCGACUUUACGAGUGCCGUCGCUCUCACUAUGAAAAAGAAUUUUUCGAAGUUUUAGACUUUCCAUGGAUUUUCAGCUAGAUGUGAUGAAGGGAUUGCCAUGGUUUUAGUAGCAUCAUGUUUGCUCCUGAUGCAUUUGUUGGGGUUCGGAGCCAAACGAGAUGAUGGAACUUUUGCAUGGAUUAUAAUUGCUGCUGUUUCAUUAUGGUGGAAACUGGAUUCAAAUGGAGCAGUAUAUGCCGAAGGGAUUACUCAGAAACUAGUGGAUUCUGGUUCACAGGAAGUGUUGGAGUGUUUUAUAAAAAACAACAAGUCUGAGGCCAAACUUAUCCGAUGGGUCAAAUACAGUGGCAUGUUUCCGAUUCUCAUCUUUCAACAAAUGCAGCAUUACCCUGAAUUCAUUAAAGAUGGAUAUCUAGGACGAGUUCGGUUAGUUAACCAAUCAUCUUUAGAGUUGUCAGACAUUCGCAGUAGUGACGAGGGAUUAUAUGAAUGCAGCAUUACACACACUGAUGGUGGAAAGGAAGAACUUACACACGUCCAUUUGAAGGUCAAAGCAAAACCCUACAUAACUUCGAGCUCGCCAACCCAGCUUCAUCAGCUUCUGGGGGCCACGGUCAACCUCUUCUGUCAGGCCAAGGGCACCCCUGAACCAGAUGUGGUGUGGUCCAAGAAUGGUGCCCCUCUGCUCAACUCCAAGCGGGUUACAAUCGCGCUGGACAAGGAGACGGUGGAGAUUCGGGACCUCCAGCGAUCGGAUAGCGGGACCUAUACAUGUACCUUCACAAACUCCAUGGGGGCAGUGUCUCAACAAAUCAUUCUCAUAGUGGAAGGUGCUGCCUAUAUUCUACGCGCUCCAUCAAAUCGUACAACUCUUGAAGGACAGAAAAUUCAGUUUGACUGCGGUGCAGCCGCAUUUCCAAACAACAUCACUUACCGGUGGUACUUCAACAACCGCAAUGUGUUGACGUACAAUGACAGUCGAUUAACGGUGUACCCUGACGGUAAACUGGUGAUCUCACCAGUGUACAAGAAGGACAUGGGCUGGUACACCUGUCGCCCUAGUAAUGGGGUGGGGGAGGACCCAGAGGCAGCUGCAUUCCUCAAUGUUACCUAUGCUCCCAAAAUUUUGAAAGACCUGAUGCCUGCAAGAGUCACUUGGGCACUGGGCUACCAAGAACAUUUGGACUGCCCUGUAGAUGCUAAUCCCCCAGUCCGAGAGUACAGCUGGAAGAAGAACACAUACUUAGUGUCCUUCAGUAGUGACCACAUCACUCUCCUGCCAAACGGGUCCCUAUUGGUCAAAAGUGUCCAGCACUCUGAUGCCGGGGCCUAUAGCUGUAUGCCGGUCAGCUCCAUUGGAAACAGUCAAUCUUCUCCUCUUGUGCAAGUCAUUGUGCAAGACCCUCCAAGGUUUCUCUUCCGUCCAGAACCCCAGUACCUCAGAAUUCCGGGACAAGAUGUGACAAUGAUCUGUGGGGCCACCGGCAAGCCUGUUCCUAGCAUACAAUGGAGGAAGGUGACAGGUGAUCUGAAUUUGGCGGAGGGUGGGCGUGUGAAGUUAGAAGGUGGUAAUUUGACAAUUACCUCGCUGAGGAAGGAGGAUCAUGGCAGAUACGAGUGUCAGGCGGAAAAUGAGGUCAAAACCAUCGUUGUGGGCACUGACCUUAUUAUACAAAUGACCACCCCACACGCUCCGUACAAUCUCACUGUGACUACUGAUUGGUUCAGUGCCAGAAUAAGUUGGAUUCCAGCAUACAAUGGUGGAAACGACCAGUUCUUUGUGAUUUGGUACCGCAGAGCGAACGGACAGGUAUCCCAGUGGUCCACCUUGCAGGUACUCCCCAAGUCUGCCACCGUCUUUACCCUGUACAACCUGACCCCAGACACAAUGUACGAGUUCAAGGUUCUGUCCAGGAACGAAAUCGGAAGCGGGAACUUCAGCGAGAUCGUUAGAGCCCCGACAAAAGGAAAUGCAACCAAAACCACAGCAAGAUCACCUGGUGAUGAAACAAAGCUGCCCACCGCUCUACCCACAGACUCAUCCGGAUCGACAUAUUUUCCUAUCAUAACCAAAAAUAUUGGUGCUAGACCUCCACCCCCCAGAAAUGUGUCUGCCCGAAUCGAAGGGUCGGUCAUCCGCGUCUACUGGCUGCCUCCCCUCACCAACAUGUCUGUGUAUUAUUACAUCAUAGAGUGGUCGACUGACGGACAGAAGUGGCAGUCGUUUGAUGAGAGAAUUAAUGUGCCUUAUACGUUCUACAUCUGGCAAGAUGCCCGCCCAAACAUGGAGUACUACUUUCGGGUGUUUUCUUACUCCAUUACAGCCUUCAGUGUCGCCAGCAAGGUUGUGAUGAUCAGAACGCCCCCUGCAGAAAUUUUUGGACCGAGUGGACAAUAUGUAAGCCUAACCACUGAGAGAUUGACCACAAUAUCUCCCCAAUCAAAUGACGAAUCUGGAUUUUUCCUGUCGCAGGCCGAGAUUGGAGGAAUUGUGGGAGCAUUGCUAUUUCUGCUUCUUACUGUUCUCCUGGUUGUGGCAGGAAUCAUAUACAACAGGAGAAAGCAGAAACCAGAUAAGUUUGGUAAUGUGAAGUAUAUUGGACCUGCUGAUGAGCUUAAUACACGACCAUAUAGCAGAGGUUGUAGUGAAGAUAUACCAGAAUGGAGUAGCAGGCGGUCACCGUCACCACCAUCAUCCCCAGGAGGAAGAACUCACUCUUUGAGGCGGAUCCCCAUUGCCAACGGAAUCUACAUCCUGCCUGACACCCAGGAGAUCCACAGAGAGCAGGACGUGGUUCCCCAGGAAUACAUGGCAGAGUCCCAGCUUUACGACCCUCACCAGUAUAUAUACAACUCCGACAAGGGACACCUGCUUCCCAACUCGGCAGGUCAUGACCCCGAGGACUGGGAGGGGAUAGAGGAACGCCUCAAGAGGUCAAGGCUGGAUUCUCAUGACACUUCACGCAGCGGAUGGAAAAAUCCGGCCAAAGGGAAAUAUCCGCUUUAUAUCAAACAUUACAGUGAUUUUGAUUUAAGCUUUCAGUCUCCAAACUUUUCAGGAGAUGACCAUACUUAUGUUAAUGUGCCAUCACCGCAUUCCAGUGAACAGCAAGUCCCAGACACUUCAUUUUAUUCUCAUCCUCAUUCCUCAGGCUAUCAUGGAAGUUACAUAGACGAUGACGACGAAAAUGGUUUUGUACCAAAGAGACCUCCUCUUCCAAAAGAGUUCCAGAGAAUGACCUCUGGAAGAUCCAUUUCCAUGUAUGAUCCCCUGUAUGAAAAUGUCAAUUCCUCUUUUGUUGAUGAUGUGUUCUUCCCUCCCCCUCCUCCACAAGAAUUUCCAGGCAGACAUUCUCUGCCCCGCCAUAGCUCAAUGAAACCCUCUUAUAAGACGUACCUAAUUGGAGAUCCUGUGGAUGAUGAUUGCGGAUUCACCCAACCAUUUGGUGCUGUAGACAUCUCCUCGGUGAUGCCAUCUUUCAAUGAAUCCGCAAGUGGUGCUCGAGAUCGAUUUGCAUACUCUCCUUACAAUGAAACAAACUCUAGAACUUUGUUGGAGCAACCAAACUGGAGUGGUGCAGAGAUAAACAAUUAUCCAUUAUCUGCAAGUGAGAGACUAGCAAGACCAAAAUCAAGAGGUAGUGAUAACAGACAAAGAUCCCAUUCCAGUGAUUAUGCCAGUGAUAACCCUCGGCAUUCCUUGGUAAACAAUCAUCUUGACUACCCUGAUAAUACCACAUUAAAACAUCUAGAUCCCAUUUCUCCUAGCCCAAGGUCCCCCAGAAAUGACUUUACCUUUGGUCCUGCACAGUAUACCAGGGACCAACUUCAGGGGGUUGUAGACAAAAUUCGGAAAGGUCCAAGAGCUAGAAGAUCCAAAUCUGCUGGACGUCUUCCCUCCCAAGAAACAAACUUUCCUUACUCAUAUUCUCCCCAGGUUGUUCCAAAUCUCAGCUUGUCACCAACGUUAGGCUCAGGGUAUGAUCAGUAUGUCGAACAUCCUCGACAGAGAUACUCGCACGAAAUUGCUCCAUAUAAAGGAGAAAGGGGUAGUCGAUCGAGCGUGAACAGUUCCGGUCGAGGAAGUUUGGGAAGACACAGAUACCCUACAGACCCUCGCUCCUACGCUUUGGAAGAUCUCACUCCAGAUUCUAAUAGUAGUGGUAGGGGGAGUCGGAACACAUCACAAGCCACAGGCUCAUCCCAUCAGUCCCGUAUUCCUAGAAACUCUCUCAGUUCAUAUGCCUCACCUCAAGAGCACGAUCUCAGUCAAGACUCGUCUCCAUUUUUGGAUGCCACGGGAAGUCUCCAUAAAGACACUUCUGCAGAUGAUAACUAUGAGUUUGACUCUUUGCAAGCAUUGGAGGCUGAUCUCAUUAACACCCUCCGCAGUUAUCCAUUAGCCAAACAGAGUGAGGAUCUCAAGAUGGCCAUUGAAAGUGGCUUAAACACUUCCGAGUUUUAUGAUAGUCUUUACCCUAAACCAAGUGUUGAAAGCCAGUACGACAAUUCUGAAGCCAGAUUUGAGAAAUUGCGCCAAGAGUUUCAACAGUUUCGACGAAAGCAGCAGGAAAUUUUUCAACAGACACGCUUAGCUAUGGAUAGUGACAUGUUGUAAUUAAUGUGCAUUCCACUUUAUUCAUGAUGUAAAUGUUAAAUCUUCAGAUAUUGAAUGCUAUGAAAUUGAGGUGUCAUUACAUUUUAGGAAAAUGUAUAUUGUUUGUUUUGUUUGCAUGAAGUUUCAAAACAUGCAAAUGCUUGAAAAGCUACAGUGUGAACAUGUAUUGAGAAAUUUCUAUGAUCUCGGCAACCUAUUGUCACAGAUUGAAUGGCAAUGCAUCAUAUUAUGGGUAUUUUUUAUUUGUUGCGUGUACAGUUAUAUUCCACACAGUUUGUUGUAUACAUUAGCACCUGUUUCUCUGUCCAUGACUGCUUUAUUUAGGGUCACUUGUUGAGGCUGUUUUGUUUUAUGUCGUUUUGGUUAAGUUUUUUUUCUUUGUCUGUUUAUACCAUUCUUGUUGUAACUGGUUCAUAGAACCUACAAGUUAUAUAAUUCCAAUAUAGUUGUAGUCAACUCUUAAACAUAUCAUAAUCUGAAAGACUGUAUAUAUAGUUUUUUAUGCAUGGUAAGCUCUUGUGGAAUGUAUUUUGAACAGAACAUACUUAUUUUGGGCGUAAUUUUUUUUUAAACUCUGAAUGAAAAGAAUGUUUUAAAAUGGCCGAAUAAGUAUGUUUUAUGAUGAAUUUAGUGCAAUAGUUUAUUUAGGAUUUUUUUUCGAAUAAUAUAUGUAUAUAUUUUAGUCAACCUUUUUUUGUUCAAAACUGAAGUACUGUAUUUAUCUCUUACACUUUUUCAGUAAAUUUAUGGCAAUUUUAUUUUAGUUGAUACCAAAUGCACUUGGCAGCAUUUCAAGAAAAUGUAUUUCAUUUAGUUUUUCAUAUCAUUAUGUAUUUUUAGCCAAUUGUUUUCCUGACUAUUUUAAAACAACUUUUUGAGUUUUUUCUUUACAUUUUAUUAGGAUAUACGUACAUGUUUGUUAUAUACAGUAUAUAUGAACACUAAUGGGUGUGAGUGCAUGUUUUUGUAUUUAUUGACUUUAAAUUUUGUAAGCAUUAAAUGUGUGCAAUUUACAAGAGCUGUCCUAAUAGCUUAAUAUAUACAAUAAUAAUUUAAAAAUACUGAAAAAUACAGAAAAAUAAAAUUUUGAAGACCC